AUGUCGACCCCCGCCGCGUCCGCGCAGCCGCAGCUGUACAUCUACGACCACUGCCCCUUCUGCUGCCGCGCGCGCGUGGCCAUGGGGCUCAAGCAGGUCAAGCACGACGUGCUGUUCCUGGCCAGCCACGACGAGGCCACGCCCAUCGGCCUCGUGGGCUCCAAGCAGGCGCCCAUCCUCGUGCCCGUGGGGGAGAAGCCCUUCGCCGAGAGCUGGGACAUCGUGGCCUACAUCGACGCGCACUACGGCGGCGCGCCCGUCCUCAAGCCGGCCUCGGGCCGCGAGGACCUGGCCAAGUGGAUCGACAGUGUCAUGCCGCUGCUGGUCAAGCUCUACCUGCCGCGCUUCCACGCGGCGCCGCUGCCCGAGUUCACGCUGCGCGCGUCGCGCGACUACUUCAAGAGCAAGAAGGAGCAGAGCUUCGGCGCCUUCAGCGACAACCUGGCGCAGAGCCCCGAGCUCGUCAAGCAGGUCAACGCGCUGCUGCUGCAGCUCGAGCCGCUGCUGCACUCGGGCCAGUCGGUCAACGCCGAGCUGAGCUACGACGACCUGGACCUGUUCGGCCGCCUGCGCGGGCUCACGCUCGUCAAGGGUGUCGAGUGGCCCGCCAAGGUGCGCCAGUUCCUCGAGUACUUCUCCGAGCACGGAGACGUGCCGCUCUACGACAACGUCGUCAAGAUCUGA